AUGGGGGUCAGUACCAUCAAACAUGGGAAAUUCCAGCCGGAUGGAACGUGGUUUUGUGACUUGUGUACAUUGGCAUUUUUCAGAUCUGAGGCCAAUGAGGUGAACUGGUGCAUCAUUUCUUCCAUUUGUCUACGCACUGCCAUUAGCUCCACACCAAACGUGCUCAUCUGUGACUCAGUAGACUUCUUGAAGGAGCCUGGAACCAGCCCCAUUUCUGUCCGUCUCUACAGAUAUCCUUAUUUUCAGAAGGAUGAGAUCGAAAAGAUUGUGCUGGAGUUGCUAGACUCCGAGGUUAUUAGGCCCAGCCAAAGCCCUUAUUUCUCACAUGUUUUAUUGGUGAGGAAAGCUGAUGGAACGUGGCGCUUAUGUGUUGAUUAUCGGGCACUAAACAGUGCCACUAUUAAGGAUAAAUAUCCUAUUCCAGUGGUGGAAGAGUUGCUGGAUGAACUACAAGGUGCUAAGGUGUUUUCCAAGCUUGACUUACGGUCGGGCUACCAUCAAAUAUGGGUGAAGCCUGAGGACAUACCAAAAACUGCUUUCCGGACACACGAAGGGCACUAUGAGUUUCUAGUGAUGCCAUUUGGCUUAACUAAUGCUCCCUCCACCUUCCAGAGCUUAAUGAACCAGAUUACUUUUGAUAUUUUGAGGCAACACCAGUUGUUUGCUAAAAUGAGCAAAUGCACCUUUGGCUCAAAUGAAGUGUCAUACUUGGGCCAUCUCAUUUCUAGCCAAGAUGUCAGGGCUGACCCGGAGAAGCUGAAAGCAAUGUUAGAUAGGCCUAUUCCACGAACAGUAAAAGAUUUAAGAGGCUUUAUGGGCCUCACUGGGUAUUACCGAAAGUUUAUAAAGGGGUACGGGGCUAUUACUGCUCGUUUAACAGACUUGUUGAAGAAAGAAAAUUUUAAAUGGAAUAGUGAAGCACAAGCUGCCUUUGACAGCCUGAAAAUUGCGGUGACCCAGCCCCCUGUCCUGGCAUUACCAGAUUUUCAGUCGUCUUUUGUAAUCGAGUGCGAUGCCUCAGGGGAGGCCAUUGGUGCAGUUUUAAUGCAAGCAGGGAAAUCAAUAGCCUUUUUCAACAAGGCUUUGAAAGGACGGCUUUGGGACUGGGUUGAUGAGAUUAAGAAUUUGUAUGCAGGAGACCCUGUUGUACAGGAAUUAUGGAAAAAGAAUCGAGAUGGUGACUUAAACAACCCUUAUACAGUGAAGAAUGGACUGCUUUUAUACAAGAACAGAAUGUACAUUCCAGCUAAUCAAAGCCUAAUUCAAAAGAUACUUGAGCUAAUUCAUAGCAAUCCUAUGGGAGGUCAUAUGGGGUUUGAGAAGACCCUACAUCGAUUAAAAAGAGAUUUCUAUUGGCCUGGCGAGAAAGCUGAUGUGAAGGCCUUUCUAAGAGAGCGUGACAUUUGUCAAGUGGUGAAGGUGGAUAACUCUCUCCCUAGUGGGCUUCUACAGCCCUUGCCCAUCCCCUCUAAGCCAUGGGCAGACAUAACUAUGGAUUUUGUUGAGGGAUUGCCCAGUUCUGGAAAAUUUAAUGCCCUAUGGGUGGUGGUGGAUAGAUUUACAAAGUAUGGCCAUUUUGUUCCCAUUUGUCAUCCCUACACUGCUAAGAUAGUGGCCCAACUCUUUCUGAAACAUGUGUUUAAAUUACAUGGAGUGCCACAGUCCAUCAUUUUUGACAGAGACCCUACUUUUACCAGCAAGUUUUGGAAGGAAUUAUUUUCCUUACAAGGGGUUCAACUAGCCUUUAGUACUGCUUACCAUCCUCAGACAGAUGGCCAAACAGAAGCAGUCAAUAAAUGGGUAGAAAAUUAUCUAAGGAGUUAUGUAAGGGACAGGCCAAAGGAUUGGGCUCAGUGGAUCGAGUUGGCAGAAUGGUGUUAUAAUUCUAGCAUGCAUGCAUCUAUAAAGAUAACCCCAUUUGAAGCAUUAUAUGGGUACAGCCCUCCUAAACUAAGCAACUACAUCUCGGGUACAGCUAGACUUAAGGAAGUAGAAAUUACCUUGAGAACCCGUGAGCAACUAUGGCACCUGCUAAAAUAG